UUAAUCUAUGGAUAAUAUGGUUACGUUAUGAAAUGGUUAUGUUUUGCAUUGUUAAGACUUUUAUUAGUAAUUAAAUACAGUUAACACUUAAUUAUUUGUUUCUACUGAUUUCAGUUGUAGUGAACUUGAAUAUGACCGAAGCAGGACCUCCUGUAAAGAGGUACAGAAAAGAAGAAAAGGAUCAUGACUCUGAUUCAGACGAUAAUUACACUCCAUACAUUCCAGUAAAAGAAAGAAAAAAACUUCAGCUAUUAAAAUUAGGACGAUUGGGACAGAUCAAAGAAGCUGAACAGAAUAAACAUAAAUCAUCAAGCGAAAAUGAGACAAAUGAAGAAGAUGAAGAUGAUGAAGGUAUUUGGGGAAGAAAAAAUAAUGUUUCACUUCUUGAUCAACACACAGAACUUAAGAAACUUGCAGAAGCUAAAAAAGUAAGUGCAGUUGAAAGGCAACUGAAGAAGGAAGAGGAAAUUUUAGAAAGUGUAGCAGAAAAGAAAGCUCUUAUGGGAGUUUCAGAAUUAGCCAAAGGUAUUCAGUAUAGUGAACCUAUCAAAACAAGCUGGCAUCCUCCUCAAUAUAUAUUGGACUUACCUCCAGGAAGACAUGAGAGGAUAAGAAGAGAUCUAAGAAUUUUGGUAGAAGGUGAAGAUAUCCCACCUCCAUUAAAAUCUUUUAAAGAAAUGAAAUUUCACAAAGCCAUUAUAGAAGGACUUUCAGAGAAACAAAUAAAAAAACCAACACCAAUACAAAUUCAAGGGAUUCCUACAGUAUUAUCUGGACGAGAUAUGAUUGGAAUAGCAUUUACUGGUUCUGGAAAGACCCUUGUGUUUGUACUUCCACUGUUAAUGUUUUGCUUAGAACAGGAGAUAGCUUUGCCUUUUGUAAGAAAUGAAGGACCUUAUGGUCUUAUCAUUUGUCCUUCCAGAGAAUUGGCAAAACAAACUUAUGACAUCAUACAACACUUUUCUGGUCAUCUUAGGAAAAGUGGUAUGCCUGAAAUUAGAAGCUGCCUGGCUAUAGGGGGAGUACCGGUCUCAGAAUCUAUUGAGAUAAUCCAAAAGGGUGUACAUAUAAUGGUGGCAACUCCGGGUAGGCUAAUGGACAUGUUGGAAAAAAAAAUUGUACGAUUAAGUGUAUGUCGAUAUUUAUGCAUGGAUGAAGCUGAUAGAAUGAUAGAUUUGGGCUUUGAAGAAGAUGUUAGGACCAUAUUUUCAUACUUCAGUGGUCAGCGCCAGACUCUUCUUUUUUCUGCUACAAUGCCGAAAAAAAUUCAAAACUUUGCUAGGUCAGCUCUAGUCAAACCAGUUACAAUAAACGUUGGUAGAGCAGGAGCUGCUUCAAUGAACGUGAUUCAAGAAGUGGAAUAUGUUAAGCAAGAGGCAAAGAUUGUGUAUCUGUUAGAGUGCCUCCAAAAGACUCCUCCACCAGUUUUAAUUUUUGCUGAGAAAAAACAAGAUGUGGAUGCAAUACAUGAAUAUUUACUGUUGAAAGGAGUAGAAGCCGUGGCAAUACAUGGUGGAAAAGAUCAAGAAGAAAGGUCCAGGUCAGUAGAUGCAUUUCGAAAACAGCAAAAGGACGUUUUAGUAGCCACUGACGUUGCUUCAAAAGGUUUAGAUUUUAGUAACAUUCAACACGUAAUAAAUUAUGAUAUGCCUGACGAUGUAGAAAAUUAUGUACAUAGAAUAGGAAGAACUGGACGUUCUGGAAAAACUGGUUUAGCAACUACUUUUAUUAAUAAAUCCACUGAUGAGUCGGUUCUGUUGGAUUUGAAACACCUCCUCAUGGAAGCUAAGCAAAAGAUUCCAACGUUCCUUGCAGAACUGUGUUCCGAAAAUGAAAAAUAUCUUAAUCUUGGCGACGAGAAAGGUUGUAGUUAUUGUGGUGGUUUGGGCCAUAGAAUUACAGAUUGUCCUAAACUGGAGGCUCUUCAAAAUAAACAGGCCUCAAAUAUUGGAAGGAGAGAUUACUUGGCCAAUACUGCUGCCGAUUAUUAGAUAUUUAAACUGACUUUUAAUAAGAUUUACGCAGUACUUAUGGAAGAAUUUUGAGAUGUUUUGUGGAAAACGCUGAACAAAAGUGUGGCAAAAGAGCAUCAAAAAUUUUAAAGGGCCUGACUCAGGACAUUAUUAAUAGUGUUAUUGCCAUAAACUGCUCUGGUUUAACUGCAGAGCCAUGUGUUAAAGACUUUGUGCUUCCCAAAAAUACUAAAGUAUAUCAAAAUAAAUCCUCCCUACAAAACAAUAAAAAUUCUGUCAAUUAUACAGGGGAAAGAGAAGGAACAGGAGGUUCACAG